AUGCCUCCCAAGAAGAAUGACAAGGGUGGCGCCAAGAAGCCGGCCGCCGGCAAGGCCCUCGAGGACAAGACCUUCGGUAUGAAGAACAAGAAGGGUGGUGCGGCUCAGAAACAGAUUGCCCAGUUGCACUCGUCAAUGAAGAAUGGCGGCAGUGCCGAGCAGAAGCGCAAAGAGGCAGAGAAGGCGCAAAGGGAGAGAGAGAAGAAGGCAGCGGAAGAUGCCAAGAGGGAAACUGAGAUGCUCUUGAACAAGCCCGCCCAGAUUCAAAAGGUUCCUUUCGGUGUCGAUCCCAAGACCGUCGUCUGCAUUUUCUUCAAAAAGGGCAACUGUGAGAAGGGCAAGAAGUGCAAGUUCUCCCACAACCUCGAGGACGAACGAAAGACGGAGAAGAAGAACUUGUACACGGAUACCCGCAAGGAGGAGGAGGAGAAGAAGAAGGCCGAGACCUCUGCCGACUGGGACGAGGAGAAGCUCCGUUCCGUCGUUCUAUCCAAGAAGGGCAACCAACAGACUACCACCGACAAGGUCUGCAAGUUCUUUGUCGAGGCCAUCGAGGAUGGCAAGUACGGAUGGUUCUGGGUCUGUCCAAACGGCGGCGACAAGUGCAAAUACAAGCAUGCUCUGCCCCCAGGAUUCAUCCUCAAGACUAAGGAGCAGCGGGCCGCCGAGAAGGCCUUGAUGGACAAGUCUCCUCUCAAGACCCUUACCCUCGAAGACUUCCUCGAGUCCGAACGACACAAACUCACUGGAACCCUCACACCAGUCACACCCGAGUCAUUCGCUAAGUGGAAGAAGGAUCGUCUGGACAAGAAGGCCGCCGAAGAGCAGGCCAAGAAGGCCAAGGAAGCAACUGGUCGUGCCCUGUUCGAGAGUGGCAACUGGCGGACAGCAGAGGACGAAGAGGAGGAAGACGACGACGACGACGACGGAGUGUGGAACUUGGAGAAGCUGCGGGCCGAGACCCAGGCUCUCCGCGACAAGAGGGAAGAGGAACGUCUACUGGCUAUCAACGGUGGCACGCUUCCGUCGGCAGUACCGGACACGGCAGCUGCCGAGGCGUCUGGAUCUUGA